AUGAGUAAUUGGGCAAGAAGGAUGCAUAGGCGAGCUGCUACGCUAAGUAAUGUAGUAACGUCUUGUGGCCAUCCCAAUUCAUUGCCCUAUCCAAGGAGAUUAGAAAAAGUAAAGUUUGGUGCCCCUCUCCAUGAGGUUUGCAAAGAAGACAUUCCUGGCCCUUUACUUGUCCUGAUUCUAAAACUAAAUAAGGAAGCACCUCUUCGCCGAGAUGUAUUUCGUGCUCCUGGUCACCAGGGUGCUAUGAAGAAGCUCAUUCAUUUUUUACAAACUGGACGACUAGUCAAUGUUGAUAACUACUCAGUAUACACUAUAGCUAGUGUCCUGAAGAAGUUUCUUAGGAAAAUACCUGGUGGAGUGUUUGGACGAGAAGGUGAAAUGCAGCUAUUUGCAGCUGUUGAGUUGCCCCAAGAACAACAGGUUGAUGCUAUACGAAGAUUACUUAUGUCGCUACCAGUCUGCACGCAAAGGCUUCUUGUUCUCCUGUUCGGCACAUUUCGCGUGAUGGCCUCAAAUGCUGAUAAAGCUGGUACGGGAAUGACGUCAGAGGCUCUCGGUGUAUCCGUGGCGCCAUCUUUCUUCCAUUCUUGCGUGUCAGAUGGCAAGACUGCGACAAUGGAGGAUGUGCAACGGUUCAAGGUGGCGACACGAAUAAUGCGACAACUGAUCGAACAGUUUAGCGCCGGCGAUCUUUUCGGACGAGAUAACUAUGAAUACUAUGCCCGGGUUACUGGGAGAGUUUUGCGCGUGAAAGAUGAAUGGAUCUGCUCGUUUCGCGACCCGCCCCCACCCAGACACCACCGAGAUCAGGAGGCUUAUGCAAGACAAUUAUCACUAGAGGCGGAAAAAACAUGGCUGCAAUGCGAAUGCGAUCGUUGGGGCAACAAAUACAACUUGGAAGGUUUAUCAAAGUCCGAAGAAUGCCAAUCGAUGCCUGCGUUAAUUGGCGUAGUGGGUACCGGUGGAGCGGGUACUCUUGGACUCGGAAUAAUUCCCGAACACAGUUUGUUGGACUCCUGCACUCGUCUAUCGAUAUCACUUGAGGAAAGCGUGUUUAAGGUGUCAGUCAGUUCAUCAUCUCAGUCAUCGUGUAGCAACUCUAGCCCGCACAUGACAUUAGAAGAACUUCGAGUUAUCAACAAGUACGCUGAGAGCACUAAAAGUCUCUCCUACUUACCUCAGGUCCACGAGCGGCAGCGUGCGCGUAUGCAAACCCGCUCGGAGUGGUUCCUGCAGCCCGCGGCUUCGCUGGACGCCCGUCCGCGCCCCGGCGGCGAGCGUCGCGGUUCGCGGCGACGUUCGCGGCGCGCUCGCCUGUGCCGUGCGCUCACGCACUCCGACACUGAAAUCCCGCUCGCUCUCCAACCUCGUAAAGUGACCGCCUGA